AUGGCAAGCUCCAAGUUCAUAGGGGUUGUUCUCAUUGCUUUGUUCAUUGUUGACCUAGCAUGUGCUUCUAGGUUACUUGGUGGUGGUAGAGGUGGAGGUGGAGGUGGUGGGGGUGGUGAAGGGGGAGGAGGUGGUGGUGGUCUAGGAGGACAUGGUUCGGGGUAUGGGUCUGGUGGGGGUGAAGGAUAUGGUGGAGGAUCACAAGGAGGAGGAGGUGGUGGUGGUGGUAGAGGAGGAGGUGGCGGAGGAGGUAGUGGGAAUGGUGGCUCGGGGUAUGGUUCUGGAUAUGGAUCGGGAUACGGUUCAGGAUAUGGUUCUGGUGGUGGUGGUGGAGGAGGUGGUGGUAGAGGUGGAGGUGGUGGUGGUGGUUCUGGUGGCUCAGGCUAUGGUUCUGGUUCUGGCUCUGGCUCUGGCUAUGGUGAAGGAGGUGGAAGAGGAGGUGGUGGAGGAGGAGGUGGCGGAGGUGGUGGAGGAGGAGGAGGAGGAGGUAAUGGAGGUUAUGGCUCAGGCAGUGGCUCUGGCUACGGUUCAGGAUAUGGUUCUGGUUCGGGAGGAAAUGAAUAUAGCCCUUAA